GGAGGAGGAGGAAGAGACACACGUUCGAAAGGGUCUCUCUUCUACGUAGAAGACACCGGGUGGAGGCGAGAAGACGAGAGGGAGAGAAACCUCGGCGAAAGGGAGGGGAGAAAGAGAAGCAGAAAGAGAGAGAGAUAGAAGGAGAAGAGAAAGACAGAAGGAGAAAGAGAAAGAGAGAGAGAGAGAGAGUGAGAGAGAGAGGAGGAGGAGGAGUCAUCGUAGUAACACCGGCACCGUCUCCUCUCUCGCGGCUUCGUGCUUGUCUCGGAAUUAGUGAGUAGACAGAAUUAUGUCCGUGAGGAAGGCGGCACUACGUCUCAGUCGAGACCUACUGCUCGGCCGGUGCACACGCACAUAAAGAGAGAGAGAAAGAGAAAAAAAGAUAAAGAGAGAGAGAGAGAGAGAGAGAGAGAAGUAAUAGAUAAAGAUAGAAAAAGAAGCUAAAUAAACUCUUUGGCACUCUUCCCUAACUCGCAGGAAUAUCACGGUUACCUUUUCUCUCGUGACUUAGACUAGUCCGAGAAGUUCGAGACGAAUGAACUAAAAAGAGUGAAAGAGAAGCAACGCGACUACAUUCGCCUGGUGGACCACAAUCGUACGACAUCAGUUUUGGUAACGCUUGCGUUGGAGACCGAGUGUUCCUCUUUCACGUGGUGCUUCCAAAGUUUUCGGCACGCGCUCUAAUGUACGCGCAAGCGCGCACACUUUCGAUCCAGAUCGAAUAAGAGUACUCUUCUAAAAGUAAUAAAAGAGAAAAAGAGGGAUAGAGAAAGAGAGAGAGAUAAAAAGAGAGAGAAAGACAGAGAAGGAAAGAGAGAGAGAGAGAGAUAGAGUUAUAUAUAGAAAGAGAAUGCUCUUCGAAUCAUUGCUGAGUUGACGAGAUAGGUACAUUCUGUCUAUGUAAUUUGAGAUUCGAAAUAUACGACGAGAUUUGGUAAAGAUUUGGAAAAGAUGAGGUCGAGGUGGUCAAUCGUUUUGUUGCUGGUGAUGAACAUCGUUGUUUGUGGUUGGUCUCAUCAGCAUCAACAUCAUCAUCGUCGUCGUCAUACACCGAAUAGUAGUAGUAGUAGUAGUAACAAUAAUAGUAGUAGUAGUAGUAAUAAUAGUAGUAGUAGUAGCAGUAGUAAUAGUAAUAUUAGUAACAAUAGUAAAGAACAUCUCGAGGAAAGGAUAAACAAUUUUGAGAGGAACGAUGAUGAUGUACCAAUGAGUAUAAGUGAGAAAACCAGGAAAAGUUUGAAGUUAGAAGAGGGAAAAGUUUCGGUACCGUUCAGCGCACGUAGGCUUGAGAAAAUGUUGGAAAAAGCUAUAGUGAAGAUAAUAACGGGUGAUCUUAGUACAGCCGAUAUGAUAUUGCUGAAAAGUUUGAAUUAUAGUUUGGAUGAGGUACUCGCGAUUCGCGAGUACGAGCUUGGUAAGAAGAAGGAAGAGGAGAAAAGACGGGAGGAGAGGAUCAAAUUCGAAAGGGAAAGGCACAGAUCUAAGGGGAAACAUUUCGAGGACGGAAAGAAUUCGAUGGAAUUCGAUUUGUCUAAAUACGAAAAGAAGAAAAGGGAAAAGAUCCAAGAGAAAUCGACGUACGACGAGGAUUUCGAUUUCGAUGCUUACAAUCGACAGGCCGUGAUGGAUUACGAGAAUCUAGCCUCGAAAAUGGAACUCCAACAGACUUGGUCCGAUUCUAAUAUCUCCGAUUACGAUGAUAAUGCGAAGGAAUCGAAGGAAAAACGUCCGAUGGAUAAGAACAACAACAACAAAAACAAAAACAACAACAACGAUGAUGAUGAUGAUGACAACGAUGACGACGACGACGACGACGGCAACUCGUCGUCUGAGAAUUUCCAUCGUAAUUUCGACAAGGCUAUGGAACCGCACGUGAUAUUCAAGAUACGUUACGACGAUUCCGAAUUCGAUUCAUCAGGUUCCGACGAAAAGUCCAGGAUACCAAGAAAACAGGUGGAUCGUGCCUUUCCGAGAGUUCCGAAAUAUCGUGGAUCGUCUUAUUUGAAACAAAAUUCAUUAACAAACACUGGCAAUUCCUUUCACAGUUCGACCACCGUCACUUCUUCUUCUUCUCCUUUUUCCUCUACUUCUUCGUCUUCAUCAUCAUCGUCAUCAUCAUCAUCGUCAUCAUCAUCAUCAUCUUCAUCUUCGCCAUCCUCGAUUCCUGUAGUUUAUCGAUUGGACGAUCUCAACCUAGCAAAGUUGGAUUACUUGGGCAAACCGAAUCGUCUUGAUCCAACCAAUCCCGUGGAAAUUCGAGGAACUAAUACAAAGAAUUCUAUUGACGUGAAAAAUGUUACUUUGUCGGAAGGAUCUCGUGAUAUCGUUGAUAGCAAUGUCACCAACGAACUGGAAUCGAGAAACGAAAAUUCAACGAACAGAACGAACGACCGGGAUACCUCGAAAUUGUCGGUCAAACGUAUCAGCGAAUACGAAGGAUUGGAAUGGGUCGAAGACGACGUUUAUCGAGUGAUACCGUCGCUAGCCGAUUCUCUCGCGGAUUACGAGAAUGUAGAAGACGAGAACGAACCAUUGGAAUACGAGGACGAAGCUCCUCCAAAUUAUGAACGUAAUUCUACUAGCUUCGAGGAAAAUGAGAACGACACUGCCGAGUAUCAAAACGACACUCCCGAAUCGGUAAAACUUUUCAUGGCUAACACCAAUUUAACAUCGAUGGACAAUCAAUCCUUUUCGUCUUAUCAGCAAUUGGCUCUGGCUCAUCGACGAGAAGGAAACCUAACAUCAACCUUCGACAGUCAAGGCCAGAAAGCGAUCGAAGAUAUAAAAUCAAGAGUACUGGCACUAACAGGAAGGUUCAACCUAAGCUCGAACGCGAAUAAGGUUCAACGCGAAAGGCUGACCAUGUUCUCGCCUACGUGUCAAACGCCGCGUAACACGGAUCAGGAAGCUUGGGCCGACCCGUUCUCGAUGAACAUGCACUUUCAAUUGAAUCUGACGUCGGGCGAGCACGUGGUCGCUGCGAAAUUGAGGAUCUACAAGUUGCCGCAGGAGAAUCUGACGUCGUCGAUAGCAAGUACGAGUGGUGGUAGCGUCGUUGACGAACAAGAAGAGGAGGAUGAGAAGAAGAUCAGAAUAUCGGUGUACUAUUACACGAAAACGUUGAGGAAGCAUCGAGCAAAGAAACGUUUGAUGGACUCUUUGGUGACGCCAUUAACGAACGAAGGUACGCACUUGGCACUAGACGUACGACAAGGACUCAGAUUUUGGAGGCUAAAUCCAAGAAAUCCACAUGGUAACGGCGGCAAUCACGGCCUGGUAAUUCAGGUGGAGGAUCAGGAUGGUCGACCGCUCAAACCGGCCCUUUACAUUCAGGAGCCGUCUUGCUCGAACGGCGACGACGAUCAGAAGGCAUACCACCACUUACCUGCACUUUUCGUCCGAGCCUGUACUCGUUACGUUCGCGUCGUAAACGGCGAAACGGUCACGUACGUGAAUUGCAGGCACUAAAGGUGCCGGCGAGUAGCCAGGGUUGAUGAUUACGAUGGUUCAAGAAGAAAAGAAGGUGAAGAAAGAGAAGGAAAAGGAGGAGAAAAAGAAGAAGGAGGAGAAGGAGGAGGAGAUGAUACGAGACAACGAAAAAUCGUGUUAAAACAAACGUUCACGUUUUCUCGUCGGGACUACUCGCUCCAACAACUCUAUAUUUCAUAUAUUUCUAAAUGAUUGAACUUUCGAUCAUUUCGAUCAAAUUCAAUUUAUAGAAGAACUCUAUAUAUAUAUAUAUAUAUAUAUAUAUAUAUAUAUAUAUAUCGUUAGGUUUUUCAUCGAUUUAAGAUAUAUAUUUUUUGAUACGAGUUUAGAGCUUGAACGAAAUUGUAUGAGACUGACGUGCUGAUAGUGAUUAAGCUGUAUAGGAGGAAAGAGGAAAAACGAAAAAAAGAAACAAAAAAAAAAAGAAGAAGAGAAAAAGAAAAAGAAAAUUAAAAAUUACGUUCGCGUACGAUUCAGAUAGACGCAACCCAUUCAUAGACUGUCUUUUUCUAAGAUACUAAUUUAAGGAAAAGAGUGUAUAUUUAAUUACGAGUUAGAUAGAUACACGUAAAAAUUCAUGUCUUAUAUCCACCUUCCUCUUAUUCGAGUUUUAGUUGAUUUUAUUAUAUGAUUUAAAGAGACAAUGUAAAUAUUGCUUUUAGUAUUUUAAUUAGUUCUCUAUGAUUUUAUGAUUUUACGCGUCCACCUUGUUAAGUCAUCGUAUACCUAUGACUGAUAUAACCAAAUGUAAAUGUAAAAGUAAAACACACACACACACACACACACACACAUAUAUAUAUAUAUACACGUGUUUAUGGGAGUCGUGUUAACUUGUCUUAAUCGAACGAAUCUCAUGUCACGAUUAGACGAAUUCUUAAGCUCUCGUUACUAUUAGACUUUUUAAAGUUAAUUUUUUUGUUUUUGUUUUUGUUCUCUCUUUUUUUUUUUUUUUUUUUUUUUUUUUUUUAUUAAUCCUAGUACUUUAAUACUUUAUAUCUUCUCAUGGACAUCCUACUACUUAUUUGUUUAAGAUUAACGUUUAUAAGAUAUUCGUUGCGUUUACGAAACUCUGAUCUGUACAUACUGUAGAUUUCGCAGUGUCCCAUCGCGUAGAAAUAAAUAAACAAAAAACUUAGGUAGAAUAAGUCAAAUUUGUUUUUUGUCUCGGUAUAUUAUUUCUUUUUUUUUCUUUCGUGUAUUAUAUUUACACAUUUGAUUAUGAUAAGUAAUAAUUUUUCUAAGUGUCUUUGAGGAGUCUUAUCGAAAGUUGAUUAAGACUUUCUGUACAAAAGAUGGUUUUAUUAAAAAGACUUACAUUCAUAGGAAAAGUUUGUUAUUAACAUUAACAAAUCAAUUCACUCUGGUUCAUGUACCAUCUUUCUCUCUCUCUCUCUCUCUCUUUCUCUCUAUUUCUCUCUCACACAGAUCAAACGUACUUUUUUUACGCUUUGAUCGUCACUUUCUCACAUAUAGUCAUUUUAAGUUCGACGAAGUGGAUCUCAAAGUUUGCACCGACGUCGACGAAAGCUGGAAAUGCAAUGUUGAUCGACAGAAAAAAAACGAAGAGAAAAGGAAAAGAAAGUUCGAAAAUUUUUAUCGAGUACAAUUAAUCGUGAAACAUAAUAAUAAUAAAUUAAUUGUAAAGGUAACUAAUAUUACGAUACUUUCCUCUCUUCGACGAUUUCAUUAUAAAUCUCGACAAUCGUAAAUAUAUCAUAUUUCUUCGUAUUAAUUAAAACGAAAGAAAUCAAAUAUUUCUCGUAUUAUGAACGAGAAACAACAAGUAUCAAUUUUAAACGUAUUAAAAUGAAAAAGAAUUACAAUCGUUGCGAUAAAUUGUCUCGAAGAAAAAGAAAAAAGAAAAAGAAAGAAAGAAUUGAUCACACGAAAAUUUUAUAAAUAAUACUAACGACGAAUAAAUGAUUCGCGAAUUUCUAAAAAAAAAAGUCAUUUGAUUCUAGACAAAGAGAAAAUUAUUUAUGCAAAUUUGAUAUUACGAUAUUAUUAUCAAUAUUUAAUAUUAAAAAGAAUCAAAUGUUUCUUAUUAAAUCAAAUGAGAUUUUAUAUGAUUUCAUUGAUUACAUUUAAGAUCUUGAUUCCAAUAGUCUACGAUACGAAUCAUCAAUGAUUUAUAAGAAUUGGUAUUUAGCGUUAUCUGUCGGUUAAUCAACCGAACUAACUCUGAAGGAACAACUUUAGUUGAAAAUUUUCCCCGGUAGAUGACACUAAAUAUAAUUCCAUCGUUCACUUUGUUUAACAAAGAUCAUCUUAUAAUCAAUCCAAAGAACAUGAUUAUCUUAAGUAUACGUAAUCAAUGAAAUUGCAUCAUUCAAAUUAUUGUUCGAUGAUACUCAAUUUCUUCUUUUGAUGAAAUUCCGAUGAUUUUGAUCACAUUUCCGAUUAUUUUAGUAAGCUCACAAUCAACGUUGAUGUUUAAACGUAAUUGGAACUAGUAGUUAAGUAUCUUCUUCUUCGUUUUUAUAUUAGUAAUUUAAUAUUUUAUGUGCAGUCCAGCUUCGUUUAUCUCAGUCAUUUUGGAUAUAAUGUAAAAUUCGAAUAACGGCUUGUAAUUUCUCAUCGUUGAUAUAUAAAGCGACGUUGAUAUAACACGUUCGAAGACAGAAACAUUUCACUCUUGGAUAUAUACAGUCAGUCUAGGAUAAAAACAAAAAAGAAGAACGAAACGAAAGAGAAAAUUGACAAACUAAGACUAUGCUUUCUAUCCUCCAACGUGCAUACGUUUGAUCCUUGAUAAUAAACAACUAUCUAUGAAUAAUCGAUUUCAACUGACAGAAGAAGUUCUAAUGAUUUCUCACAAUGACAUAGAACAAGACCCGUUAUCCAGUAUGUAGAUUAAAAUCCAUGUUUUUAUCACUUUUCGAGGCACUCUCACGAAAUCUUUUGGACUCGUUUGAUAUUACCAAUUGUGCUGAUUUUGUUUUAUCUUUAAAACACACAUUUCCGUCUAGCUAUCGCGAUCCAAAGAGUCAAGGGUAUCAUUGCUAGAUGAAUGCGUCAAGUCACUCAACUCGUCCAGGUGCUUUUGCCUCUUCCUAACGUUCCAGUGUAAACACUCAGCGAGAGAAUCAAACCAAUCCGUUAUUUGAUCGGCUGCGCAAAUACUAGGUA